AUGUCGGAAAGCUGUUUGAAUGCCCAGCGAGGAGGGAGGCGCGGGAGGGAGCGAGAUAGUAAAGCUCUGUCUCGGGUGUGCGCGCCGGUGCGCGGCGCUCGCUCUCCCUGGGCGCACGAGGGAGGGGCGCGGUGCGCCCGGCGGCCGCCCGGGGCUCCCUGCGCGCACGCGGCGCCUCCCCGGAGCUCUGCGGGGCGCCGGGCGCGGGGCGCGGGGCGCGGGCGGAGGCGGGGGCGCGGAGGGAGGCAGGAGGGGCCCCGCCAGCUCCAGCCCCGGGCCGCGGUGCGCCUCCACGUCACCGCUACUCAAAACCGAGCACGUCCCCCGAGCGGUAUUCUCCGCGUCUGGGAGGUCUCUGCAUCCUCCGUUCCCACCAUUGGGGCUGGCGGCUCCCCACUCACUCGCGGACCUGUCGCAGCCGAAGAGCUGUCAUCUCCGCCCCGGGAUUCAGAGCGGAUGGCUCGCCACCGCGGAGGGGGCACGUCGCAGCUCCCGAACUGCUGGUGUCCCCGGCUGGAACAACACUAGUUUUUCUCAGCGAGGCUGCAAUUAGCAUCUUGUUCUGGCUGAUACAGGCUUUGUCAGGACCGCGGUGCGGCGACCGAGGUUGGGCAUCCGCGUUGGUUUCUGCAUGGCAAUGGGAUCUAAACUUUUGUUUUCUUAAUGUCUCAGAUUCUUUUCAAGUUUCCCUAGUAACAGGUUUUGGGAGGGGAUGGGUGGGAAGGAAGGAGGGGAGCGGGGGGAAAAGCCAUCAGAUUUCUCGCUUUAGCCGGGAGAAGAGGGAUAAAUUUCCACCGUUCCCCACCUUAAUUUUCUUGCCUCCGGGACAGUUGGCCGACAAGUAUUUGAUGAACUAGCUUCCAAUUCGUGCUGCAAAAGGUCAUUCGCCUACCGAUUGUGUCUCUGCUUGUAAAUGCAGUUGGUGGUUUGCAAAACAGGUGCUAAAACAGUGCGGUGAUCUGGUGGGAGGAGACUGUAAUGGGUAAUUCAUCUGAAGUGUCGAGUCUUCUAAGGGGGAGUUGCUUGAGCGGUAGGUGAAGUUGAAUAAAGCAAUUUUCCAUCAUUUUUCUCUCCCUACUUUUUCUGCAUUUUUUUCUUCCUCUUGUCCCUCACCCUUGGGGCGAUUGGAUAGCCAAGAACGUCAUUUUAAAAAGAGGAUUAUAGUGAACACAGGAAGGUGCCAGUGAUCUUUUAUACACAGGAGUUGUUUGAAAUAUUAAAAUUGGCCCUUUACUGCUUAACACAUAUGAAUAGGGUGACC